AUGAAGAAAAGUAACGAGCCCAAAAAUAACCUUAUUCAACGUUUAUUAACUUCAACGUUAAAAUUUACGAAAAUCAACAACGAUGCCCAUCAGCAAUUACCAGAUGAUGGUAAAUUCCACUAUGAACUACCAGAUAGUUUCAUUCAAGCAGUUGAUGAUGCUCGUACUAAAGCUGGAUAUGAUAUUCUACCGCAUCUUCAUCAUCAAUCAACUUCGCCAUCACUAUCAUCAUCGUCUUCAGCUCAUGAUACUUACAAAUAUCUUCAAACAGUCACCGAAAUCUUCCGUUCAGCAUCGAAUAAUGAUGUUGCUCGGAUGGCAACGAAAAAAGUCCCUUUUCGUCGGACACCUCGUGAACGUGUACAACAGCAACAGCAUCACACAACAGCACCUGUUUUACUCUCACCUCGAGCAACAUUUCGAAUGAUGAUGCCUCGAAAUUUCAUGAUGUUCAAUAGAUGCCGUCAACCAUUCCAUUUCGCACCCAUCAAUAUGCGACAGCAACCACGGCCAAUGUUCCAAAUGAGAUUUCGUCACGAUAAUAUAUCGUUGAAUCCUGUCUCGAAAGUGGUUCAUUCCAAACCUACAUCUCGUGGAGCUGGUCCAACGAGUCUUGGUGCAAAAGAUGAUGGUACAACGAUGUCUUCAUCAAGCGAAUACGUUGCUUCACCAUAUCAGAAUGCUUCAUCAGCCAUAGCUGUACUCGAUGUAUUACCUCUAACCUUUGGUAUCGUACGAGGACAGAUUCCUGAGACGAAUUAUCUGAAGACAAUGUCGAUUCCCGAACUGCAACCAACGAUUUGUUCAACGAAAGAUUUGUCAUUGCCGGUUGAUUUUCUUCCAGGUGAAGACGAAGUGAAGUGCCGCGAAGAUUUAACUUAUCAUCGUCAAAAGCGAAAAGUGAUAUACGAUGGUGAAUUGAUUGUAACAAAAUAUCGUCUAUUAUUUGUAACGAAAUCGUCUGAUUCUAUUGAAGUUCUUGUCAAUGUACCCAUUGGAAUGAUAAGUCAGAUAGAAAAGAUCGGUGGACAAAAGUAUAGUCAAAUAAAUGAUGGUGCUGCAUAUGGCAUUGAAAUUGAUUGUAAAGAUGUUCGACGGUUGUUUUUUGGUAUUGCUAAAGAACAAAAAUAUCGACGUAAUCUCUACGAUCAAUUAACUCGUUUGAUAUUUCCAUUUUCGAUUGUCAAACCAGAUAUUACAAAUCCAUCACACUUCUUCAGCUCCUUCUUUGCAUGGAAUUACAAACAAAAAGUUAGUCCAAAUAAGAUCGAUAAAGGUUGGACUUUAUACGAUAAAGUUCAAGAAUAUACAAGAAUGGGUAUUCGACGAUAUGGUGAUGCACAUUGGACAAUAAAUACAGAAAUCAAUCAAGAUUAUUCUCUGUGUGAUACAUAUCCAGAUGUUCUUGUUCUUCCGGCCAAUUUUGAUACUUCAAGAUUUCAACAAGUUGCUGCAUUUCGUAGUCGAAAUCGUUUGCCAGUUCUUAGCUGGUAUUCCGGUGAUACCUAUGUGACAAUUACUCGUGCGAGUCAACCGUUAACUGGGCUGAAUCGUAAAAGUCAAGACGAUGUCGAAUAUUUACAAGAAAUAGCCAAUACGAAUGUUAAUCAAGGUUCGAAAUUGUACAUUCUUGAUGCUCGUCCAAAAGUCAAUGCUAUUGCAAAUAAAGCGAACGGUGGUGGAUAUGAAGAUUAUCCUGAGUGUGAAUUAGAGUUUCAUAACAUUCAAAAUAUUCAUGUCAUGAGAGAAAGUCUGAAUAAAUUACAUUCAGCUAUUCGAUACGGAUCAGAAGAUGAUAAAAACUGGUUCAAUGAUUCGGCGAAUUCCAAUUGGUUGUUUCAUAUCCGAACGAUUUUAACUUCUGUGAGUCAAAUUGUAUCGUUAGUCGACAAUGAGAAACGAUCCGUAUUAGUCCAUUGUUCGGAUGGAUGGGAUCGAACAGCACAACUUACGUCCUUAUCAAUGUUAAUUCUUGACUCAUAUUAUCGAACACUCGAAGGUUUCAUAAUCUUAAUCGAAAAAGAAUGGAUUAGUUUUGGUCAUAAAUUCCUUCUGAGAAUUGGUCAUGCAGAUAAGCAUUAUUCGGAACAAUCGCCGGUAUUCCUUCAAUUCCUUGAUUGUACAUAUCAACUGUUACAACAGUUUGAAUUUGCGUUUGAAUUUAACGAAAAAUUUCUAUUAGUAAUUGCCGAUCAUCUCUAUACCUGCCAGUAUGGUACAUUUCUACUAAAUUCCGAAAAAUUACGUACUGAUAUGAAAAUCUCGGAAUAUACCAUGUCGAUAUGGACACCCCUUCUACAAGAACGUCACAACUACUUGAAUCCAUUAUAUAAUGCAAAUUCGAGCCAAGUCUUACAAAUCAACUCGACAUUGAAUCAAAUCAAAUUAUGGAAAAAUUAUUAUUGUCAGCAUAUGCCUGAUUAUCAAUCUACAGUAGAUAAAAANUCGAUAUGGACACCCCUUCUACAAGAACGUCACAACUACUUGAAUCCAUUAUAUAAUGCAAAUUCGAGCCAAGUCUUACAAAUCAACUCGACAUUGAAUCAAAUCAAAUUAUGGAAAAAUUAUUAUUGUCAGCAUAUGCCUGAUUAUCAAUCUACAGUAGAUAAAAAUAGUAAUCGCUAUUCGACCCUACUUCAUCUUCGAAGUAAACUUACUGCCGAGUCCAAUCUACUUCGUCAAGAUGGAGAAUCUUCUCAAACAAAAUCUCGUGCGUCAUCCUACACUCUGUCUGGCACACAUAAUCAAAAUAAUUCUCAAACAACAUUUUAA